AGAAAGUAUCCCCUUAGGUAGUCAGGAGGUCCUCUGACAUCUGGGCAGGGAAAAUGGAGGUACUGGGUGUGUCUGAGGAGAGGGUGACUGGUAAUUUGUAGAUGCCUGUGGAGAGGUUAUUUCCGAAGAGUUGAGGGUCCAUGGGGUCUCCACUUUAAGGAGCCAGAAAAUAGGAAAAAAAGAUGAUAGGCCCAAAUUUGUGAACAGAUAAGUAGGAUCUAGGAGGCAAUUAAAGGCCCAGGGAAUUUUAACUUUGCUUCAUUUUAGUUUCAUUUAUUCAGUAAAUAUGUGUCCAUCCUGGGCUAGGUCUUCCUUUGGUUUACAGCCCAGAACCAAUAGGCAAAACCUUUUUCUCCUUCAGGGUUGUAGUCUGGUGGGAACCAUACAUUAGAAUAAUUAAUUUUAAGGGUUACGAAUGACACCACAGGGGAAAUACAGACUUGGGAAUCUUAGGAAUAUGUUUAUCCAUUUCCUGUGAUUAGAAAACUUCCCUGAAGAAAGGUUUCUUUUAAUCUGGGUUUUGAAGGAUAAAAAGGUGUUAGUUGGACUGGUGUUCUAGGUAAGAAACACUUGUGCAAGUCAGAAAAUGUUGGAAGAACUCAAAGAUGACAGGUAUUGACAGAAUUUAGAGAAUUAUAAACCAUAGAUAUUAAAAGGCAAUGGAAAGCAUUAAAAGUUUUAAACAUUGGUGUAGUGUAAUCAUUGCUUUUAUUUGUAAAGUUUGUUUAUUUGCUGUGCUGGAGAUCAAACCCAAGGGUCUCAUUCCUAUUAGGCAAGUGCUUUACCACACACACAUGUUAUACUAUGGGAAGACUAAUGAAGGAAAGGAAAAGUAGUGAGGCACUACUAAGUAAAUUCCCUCUCCCCUUACUAUUUAUAUAGUUCAUCUAUUGUGUGUCAGACAGUGUUACAAUUAGUGUCGCUAUUUUACAGGUGAAAUUGGGCCCAAAGAGUUUAAGUAACUUGUCUAAUGACACAUAGGUAGUAAGUUAGGGAGCCUUGGCUAAAAACUAGGUUACAUGGGCUCCAGAUUUCCCACUCCUCACAUAAAAUGAAAUGCAUUUUAUUUUAUUUACUGUUGGCGGUACUCCUAGUGAGAGGAACCAAGAGAGAAUGAAAAAAAGUGGACAAUACCAUCCUAUGAGCCACUGAGUGGACGUUAGAGGAGAGGUCAAGGAUGAUUCCAGGUUUCUGUCUUAAGUGACUGUGUGCCUAGUUAUAUUGAGGUAGAGAGCUCCAAAGGAGUGAUGGACUUUGUCAUAUGGGAGAAGGGGAGGGCAGAUGAGUUGUAGUAAACAUACUAACUGCAGUCAAAUGCCCUCACCACCCCUGCCAUCCUGGAAGGCUACAGAAAUCCCCACUCUGCCACUUAUAGCUGUUUGACCUUUUACUUACCUUCUUUGGCCCUCAAUUUUAUUCUCCUUAAAUGAAGAUAAUAACAAAGUCCACUCCAGAGGGUUGUUUUGAGGAUGAAAUGCAAUAAGAGUUGUAAAGGGCUUUGCACUGAGUCAUGCAAAUACAUAGUAAUGUUUAGCAAAUACUACCAAACAUAAAUAAAAGUUGUUUUACGACUCUCCAACUUCCCUAUGAUGAGAACUGUGUCUUCUCUAGCUUUAAAUCUGCACAGAUUGUCUUUCCCUAUUUUCUGUUUUUGGAAAAACAUAACUGAGCUGAAAUGAAUACUAUGUGUGAUCAGUCAACAAAUUUCUGUUGCAGACUCUCUAGACACCAUGUGAGGUGCUAGUUACAGCAGAAAAUUAGAGCUUGGCCCAAGCUUGAGGGAAAGACCUAAUGUGCGAUUAAAUAAGCAAAAAUGGUAAAUUUUUAUAAGGAACAUACUUCAUUUCUGAUAGUGAACUUGAUGAGAGUAAUGGGGAAGGGCUUCCAAAAAUUAGAAAAUAGGGUGGUCAAGUAUGAUCUCUCUGUAAAACGAUCUUUAAAGUGAGAUCUGAACGGAUCAACCAUGUGAAGAGCCCUUUAAGAAGGUACUCCAGAUAGAGGCAAAGGCCUGAGAUGAAAACAAGCUCUUUCUCUUUAGGGAAGAUAAGGAAGGCUAGUGGGGUUGGAGCCAUGUAAGCCAGGAUCGUAAUUCCAAAGGACAUCCUUGGGAGUUCAAGCAGAGCUUGAAAGAUGGGAUCUUCUGUGGACACUGGCGACGAGUGGAGGACUUUGAGCAUGAUUUGGUGAGCCAGUUCAUCUCUUAAGUCGUUCUGAGUUGCUGUGUAGAAAACGGAAUCUAGGAAGCCAAGUAUGGAAGCUGAAAAUCCAUCGCAAAACAUUUGACACGAGAGAAGAGCUUCCUGAUGGCAGUGGAGAACAGUGAGAAGGGGAUGCCUUACGUCCAUCUUCCUGAAAAGCUCUUCAAGGAGUGGCAGUACUUGUCCCUGGAGCUAAGAUGAGGGUUGAUGUCUUCUUAAAAUUCGAGACGAAGUCAUACGGAAGCGACUCCUGAUUGACGGAGAUGGUGCUGGGGACGACCGGAGAAUUAACCUGCUGGUGAAAAGCUUUAUUAAGUGGUGCAACUCCGGUUCCCAAGAAGAGGGCUAUAGUCAGUACCAACGGAUGCUGAGCACGCUGUCUCAGUGUGAGUUUUCAAUGGGCAAAACAUUGCUGGUGUAUGACAUGAACCUCAGAGAGAUGGAGAACUAUGAAAAGAUUUACAAAGAAAUCGAAUGUAGCAUUGCUGGAGCACAUGAAAAAAUUGCUGAGUGCAAAAAGCAGAUUCUUCAGGCAAAACGAAUACGAAAGAAUCGCCAAGAAUAUGAUGCUUUGGCAAAAGUGAUCCAGCACCAUCCAGAUAGGCAUGAGACAUUAAAGGAACUAGAGGCUCUGGGAAAAGAAUUAGAACACCUUUCACAUAUUAAAGAAAGUGUUGAAGAUAAGCUGGAAUUGAGACGGAAACAGUUUCAUGUUCUUCUUAGUACCAUCCACGAACUUCAGCAAACGUUAGAAAAUGAUGAGAAGCUCUCAGAGGUAGAAGAAGCUCAAGAAACAAGCAUGGAAGCAGAUCCCAAGCCAUAGGCAGGCUAAUCACUCAGUAUGCCCAAGGAUAUUAAAAUAGCUACACAACCGUGGUGUGUUUAAAAUCUGUUGUGCUCUUGAGAUAUUUAAAGUUUUGGCAGUGAAAUACUUUUGCUUUUAAAUAUAAAUGCACAUUUCAUUCAUAUUUCUUCACACAAAGGAAAAUGACUUCAGUAUAUAUUUGUUUUUAUUGAAAUGCAUUUUUGAUUCUUAAAAGGUAGGAACCUACUUUCAAAAAUGGUUAAUAAAAUGUUUUUAAGUUG